UCUAAUUAAUGCGCACAGGCUGUGGUAACUUUUGGUAAGGAGGGAAAAUGGUGUCAGGGACUAAACUAACUUCAGCAGGUGGUGUUCUCUCACUCCUUGAUGAGCCAGAAAAGGACAUUCAGAUAUUUGCUCUCUCAAGGCUCAAUGAUUUAGUGGACGAAUUUUGGCCUGAGAUAUCUGACGCCAUUGUUAAAAUUGAGUCUCUGUAUGAAAAUGUCCAGUUUCCACAGAGAGAAUUAUCAGCUCUCGUUGCUUCAAAGGUCUAUUAUCAUUUGGGAUCAUUACAAGAUUCUUUAUUAUUUGCUCUCAAUGCUGGCUCUAUGUUUGACGUGACCGGAACAUCUGAAUACACAGAGACCAUAAUAUCUAAGUGUAUUGAUCAUUAUACUCAUUUGCGUGUUGAGAAUUAUGAUAAUCCUAACAGUCCAGAGAAGGACAUUGACCCCAGGCUAGAGUCUAUUGUUAAUAGAAUGUUUGAAAAGUGUUUUGGCGAUGGACACUAUCACCAGGCAGCUGGUAUUGCCUUUGAAACAAGGAGGAUUGAUAUACUGGAGAGGGCCAUAUUAGAAGCAAAAGACUGUAAGCAGAUGCUGUCGUAUUGCCUAAACAUAGCAAUGUCGUUACUUAAUAGCAAGAGAUUCCAAACUACUGUUUUAAAGGUUUUAGUUAAUAUAUAUUCUAAUCUCAAGAGCCCAGACUACAUAAAUAUAUGCCAGUGUUAUAUAUUUCUUGAUGACCCGGAACCAACUGCUCAAAUACUCGAGAGGCUCUGUCGCGGCUCUAGUGAUGACUUCCUGGUUGCCUGUCAAAUCAGUUUUGAUCUUUACGAGAGUUCCAGUCAAAAGUACCUGAGGGGUGUGGUCAGUGCCGCCCGAGCAGCAUCAAAGCAGGAACCAGUAAAGCAGGAACAUGCAGAAUCCAAUCCAAGUGAAGAGGUGGAGCCAAUGGACAUUGAAGGGCCCCCUCCUCCAGCAACUGACAGUAGCAAUAAAACUGAGAGCACUAGUAAAAGUACUAAUAAUGAUACUACUGAUAAUGGGACUACUAGCAAAGAUGCAGCUGCUGAUACUAAUACUGAGACUGCUCCUUCAACUGAUGGGGAAAAGGCACCCGAUACAAAAGAGAAUGAAUCUACUGAUAAAGUUAAAGAGAAAAAAGAUGAAGUGGUAGAAGAAGAAUGGGUGACCCGUCUCAAGACUGUCUGUAAUGUUUUAAAGGGCGAAAACACAGUGAAUCUUCACCAGGAGUUCCUUAUUCGUAAUAAUCACUCCGACCUGCAAAUACUUAAAAACACUAAAGAAGCUGGUCGUAAUUCCAUUACCCACAAUGCUACAGUAAUAGCCAAUGGUUUCAUGCACUAUGGUACCACUAGUGACGUCUUCUUGCGUGAGAAUCUUGACUGGUUGAAGCGUGCCUCUAACUGGGGCAAGUUCCUAGCCACUGCUAGUCUUGGAGUCAUACAUUACGGACACGAGAAAUUGGCUCUAAAUCUUUUAAGUUCCUAUCUCCCAAAGGACUCUCCAGGGAGUCCUUACCAAGAAGGAGGAGCUUUGUAUGCCUUAGGGUUAAUUUAUGCAAAUCAUGGUCAGAAAAUGAUAGAAUAUUUUACUAAGGAACUACGUGUCAAUCAGAAUGAAAUAGUAAAGCAUGGUGGUUGUCUGGGGUUAGGUCUUGCAGCAAUGGGCACUGCUGAUCAAGAUGUGUAUCAGCUAUUGAAGGAUAAUUUGAGUCAAGAUGAUGCAGUUGUUGGAGAAGCUGCCGGAGUUGGUAUGGGUCUAGUUAUGUUAGGGACCUGCUCUGAAACGGCAAUCAAAGAUAUGAUUGAGUAUGCUUCAGAAACGCAGCAUGAGAAGAUACAAAGAGGCUUAUCUCUAGGGAUUGCUAUGCUAUUCUAUGGACAACUUGAGCAGGCCAAUACUGCAAUUGAACAACUCUGCCACCAUAAGGAUCCUUUGUUAAGGAGAGCCGGUAUCUUUACUGUUGCAAUGGCUUAUUGUGGAACAGGCGAUACCACUGCUGUUAAAAGGCUACUUCAUGUUGCUGUCAGUGAUGUUGACAGUGAUGUAAGAAGGUCUGCUGUUACUAGCAUUGGCUUCAUUCUAUUCAGGAAUCCAGAGCAGUGUCCUAGUGUAGUCUCAUUACUGGCUGAGAGUUUCAAUCCUCACAUGAGGUGUGGGGCUGCUCUAGCUCUUGGUAUUGCUUGUGCAGCCAGUGGUAACAAGGAAGCACUGGCAAUCCUUGAACCAAUGUUUAAUGACUCCGUCCCUUUUGUGCAGCAGGGUGCUUUGGUUGCAUCAGCUAUGGUCCUCAUACAACACAAUGACAGCAUGUCUAAGAAUAACAAAGUCACAGAGAUCAGGAAGGCUUAUGCCAGGAUUAUCGGUGAUAGACUUGAGGACUCUGUCGCUAAAUUUGGUGCCAUCUUAGCCCAAGGGAUAAUAGAUGCAGGUGGGCGUAAUGUCACUCUGGCUUUGCAGUCUCGUACUGGACACACUCAGCUACGGACUGUCAUCGGUUUGCUGGUUUUCUCUCAGUUUUGGUUCUGGUUCCCGUUUACUCACUUCUUGUCUCUUGCUUUCACACCGACUGCCGUCAUUGGAUUAAACGCACAAUUAAAAAUGCCAAAGAUACAAUUUAAGUCUAAUGCUCGUCCCUCUCAAUACGCCUAUGUACCUAACCUUGAGAAGGAGAAGGAGAAAGAAAGGGGCAAGGUAGCCACUGCUGUGUUAUCAGUGACAGCUAAAAAGGCAAAGAGUAAAGCUAAGAAAUCACAAGCUGACACUUCGAGUGAAGAAAUGACGUCAGAUGGAGGAGGAGGAGGAGGAGGGACAGGAGGAGAAGCAGGAGGAGAGGGAGAAACAGGAGGAGGAGGAUCGGCUGUAGAAUUGAUGGAAGUCGAUCAGGAAGGAGAUAAGGAUAAGGAUUCUGCUCCUCCUCCAAAGGACGAAUCAGCCAAAGAGAAGAAACCAGAGCCACUCUUUGAGAUGCUGUCUAACCCAGCUAGAGUCCUACCACAACAGCUAAAAGUCCUCUCUUUGGAAACCAGCACACAUUACAAGCCAAUAAAACCCGUUAGUAGUGGUGGCAUAUUAUUACUCAAGUAUACUGACACGAGUGAGGAAGAACUCAUUGAGCCUUUGAAAGUUGUAUUAGAUGAUGAAAGCGAGGAGCCUCCGCCUCCUGAACCUUUUGAAUAUAUUGAAGCUGAAACUGACGAUGAGAACUAAAAUAGACGUCCAAUUAUGACCACUACUAUUGUUAUUAUUAUUAUUAUUAUUAUCAUUAUUAUUGUUAUUAAUAUUAUUAUCAUGUGUGUGUUAAUCACACAAAAAGAACCUGUUUGCUUAUUCGAGAGGA